GAUAAUAUUUACCAGAAUUUAACGUGACAAUGAUUAAUGCAACAAGUGAUUUUAUGAUUAUCAAUAUAAGAAAAUAUCUGUUCCUCUUUGAAAACCCUGAUUACGUAUGUUAUCAGACAUCCAUAUUGAUAAGAUUAAUAGUAUGAGCAUAAAUAUACUUUAAACAGUACAGAACAGUCAGAAGUACAUUUGUAGUGGAAGUGACAUUUGUUUUAUCUUAAUACGUUUGCACUUGUGAAAGUGCUUUCUUGUUCAUAGUGUCAUUGUUUUACAUAAUCAAUUAUAUCAAAUUGUAAUUGAUUUUAAAUUAAGUGUAAAUGAUAUUUGGAUAAUCUAAAUAGCUGCUCGCCCAUCUAUAUAUAAAUAUGAUGUCAUGAAGAUGUUAUUAUUGGGAUCUUUAUAUUUUUAUAUUGCAUAUAUAUAUCCAGCAAAAAGUUCAGAUUUAGGUACUUCCUGGGAGAGAAGGGAUGAAUACAUCAAUUUAGAAAAUUGCAGUACAUAUAACAUCAAAUUGGAAUCGUGUUUUUACUGGAAGAAUUAUCUUGACAAAUGUAUAAUCUGUUGUUCUAACAUUUCAUGCUGUUUCUGUGAGGAUUGUACUUUGUGUUGGGAAAAACAACAGCGAUUGAUAACAAUUAUGCAAAUCAUUAUUUCCAUAUUAUUCGGACUUGGUCUCAUCGGCUUAAUCAUAAUUUACUGCAAAAUAUGCAAUAGGACAAGGCAACGAAUCACACGCACACGAUGCAUCGUGUUACAAGAGGAGCGUGAUACACAAUGCAGUACUAUCGAAGCUCUACGGGAGAGACCACCUCCGUAUAAUGAAAUGGCUUACAAUGCUCCUCCUCUUUACACGUCUCCCUAUAAUAGGGCAUCCAUGCAGGAAGCUCCACCGUCGUAUCCAGGAACGCCGAAACUGCAAGAGAGAUCUCAAGACACUAACGAUCAAUUUUCUACAAGACAUUCCACGUUCGUUGCUGCUUCCAUCGCUCAACACAUGUAAUGUGAUAUUUCUGUAGAUAUGCAUAUAGAUAAUAAUUCCCUACAUAUUUCUGUAUAGAUACGUUAUUUUAAUAAAAAAAUUGCUUGUA